AUGGCGUCCAAGUCGAAUUCGACUUCUACUGGCCAUGUUGUAGAAUUCCACUACGAUAUAUCCUGUCCAUUUGCAUACAUAGCAUCCACCAAAAUCCAAUCCCUAGCAACCCGAACCUCAGCAACAAUAAUCUACCGCCCCGUCCUCCUAGGAGCAAUCUACCGCGCAACAUCCGCCCCUCAAGGAGCAGCAGGUUCCGCCUCAGACAUCUACAACCCCACGAAAAAAACACUCACCUCUCAAGCCUUCACCCGCACAAUCCUCCGCCAUGGAAUCCCCUACAAAGACCCGCCUCAACAUCCCAUGAAAACAACCGCCGCUCUACGUCUCCUCUACUACAUCUCCGAAUCCGACCGUCCAGCUCUAACAGCAGCUUUAUUCCGUGCUUACUGGGUAGAGGGAAAAAAUAUCACCCUGAAAAGUACCUUGAAAGAAGCAAUCCAAGAAUCCCACCUCUCGAAUUCCAAAGAAAUCCUGCAAGCCCUCGAAGAUAAUUCUUUCCAAGGUCCUAAACAACACCACCUCCUCGAGAAAGCCACCCAAGAAGCCAUACAAAGAGGCACCCCCGGCGUACCAGCCUUCUACCUCCCCUCCGAAACAUGGACCACCCACACCGGGAACCUUCGCAAAGGCCGAUUAUACUGGGGCCAAGACCGCCUCCAUUUCGUAGAAGCAACCCUCCAAUCCCUAAACCAAAACCACCCCUCCCUCUCCCCCGCAAUCCCCCAAAAACUCCUCCAUCUCCUCCCCCGCGUCCUCUCCCCCAGCAAAUCAAAAAUCCCCCCAAAAACCCACAUAACCCUCGAAUUCUACCACGACUUCUCCUCUCCCUGGUCCUAUCUAGCCUGGACUCAACUUCCCCGUCUCCUCUCCCACUUCGGCCCCUCAAAUUUAACAAUCGUCCUCAAACCUUUUGUUCUAGGGAUUUUAUUUCGAGAAAUCGGCGCGCCGGAUACGCCGACUUCGGUCAUGUCGAGGCAGAAACGAGAGUAUAUGAGAUUGGAUCAUGGGGAUUGGGUGAGAUUUUGGAAUGCCGUUAAUUUGCAAGAAGGAGGGAAAAGGGAGGAGAGUCAAGUGGAGUUUUUUUGGGCGGAGGAAUUUCCUAUUCGAACGGUGGAUUUAUUGAGGGUUGCGAUUGUUGAGGAGGGGGUUGUUGAUUUACUUUACCGAGCAUGCUGGUCCCAAAACCUAAAAAUCUCCUCCCAAGAAWUCCUCCUCCAAGUCCUAAAUUCCGCAGGCUACGACGCCAAAACCCUCCUUGAAAAAUCACAAACCCCAGAAAUCAAAGCAAAACUCCGCGCAAACACGCUCGAAGCCCAAAAAUUGGGGAUUUGUGGAGCACCGACUUAUCGAAUUUUACGCAAAACCUUGGGAAGUGAGGGUGAGGAGGAGGAGUGGAAGCAAGUGGGGGGAUUGGUAUGGGGACAAGAUGAGAUUUCUGUUGUGGAGGAUUUGAUUGCUGGGUGGGAUGGGGAGGGGCUUGCUAGGGUUUGGGGGGAGGAAGAGGAGGGGAGGGGGAGGAGAGGGGAGGGGAGUAGACUUUAG